AUGCGCCGGGUGACAGACAUCACGGAUCUGCCCGUUGAACUUCUGCAGCACAUCUUCGCAUCUCUCCCCGACCAGAGCUUGACUGGGCGCUCGAACGAUCUAGGAUGGCUCGUUGCUGCACACGUAUGCCGUCUCUGGCGUAAUAUUGCUCUCUCAAAGAACGGGAGGGCCGUCAAAAUGGAAUUGCGACCCGAUCGGGCCCAGCAAGACGUACAAGCCCUUUUCCACGAAUUAUUCUCGCCUUUACCCGUCACUCUCAUUGUCGAAGAGUACCGGCUCGACUUGACACGCGCCUCCGCUCUUCACCAUCAUUGGACGAAUACGUUACAGCUCCUCAGCCUCCUCACGAAACGCGUCCAUGCGGUCUAUGUCAGGCUUCGGCAGCACACCAGCCGGCUGCAGGACGAAAGGAUCGAGGAGCUCCUCGCACUUGUGCUCGCUGAGCCCACUUUGGAAACGUUAAUCGUCGGGCAAUACUCUGGCUGGAUUGGAAGAACCGAGCGUGGUCUGAAGCUCUCGCCAGUACCGGAGCUCCAGGGUGGAGGGCUCCGUGUACUCAGAUUCGAAAGGUGUCGAUUGCAAGAACAAGCCGAGUUCCUUUCGACGCAAUCAUUGCUUGAGGAAUUCUGCACCGAAGUGCAUGGUCCCUUGCGGCCGUUCCUGCUUGGACUUUGCACAGCAAACCUGAAUAGGCUAGAUCUUACUGUGAACCCGUGGGGCGAUGAUCUAGGGAGAAGCGGACCAGAAGGGUCGAUCGAGAUGCCUGCUCUCUUUGAGUUGUCCCUGCGGGUCACAGUAAAGGAUGCUCUCACAUUCAUGCACGCCGUUCACCUGCCGUCACUUGUAUCCCUCAAGUUCGACUUCCCCGUUAUAGAUGUCAGUGGCAUCGAACAGUCUACCAGCCUGCUGGUCGACUGGCUCUCCUCUCGCUUUGGAGACAUCCCGGGCUGUACUCAGGUCAACAUAUUGGUCACUGCUACCGAGCUAUGCGUCAACAUGUCGUGGAGCACACCAUCAAAUCGCGCAACGCAUCGAAAGCUGAACGUUAGCUUUCCUCGUCUUCCCUCGGGGGGCCCUCCGCAUUUGACUCGAAGUGUGGAGGAGUGCGGGAUGUUCCUCUCCUGUCUAUUCGAGAAGUUUGCAGCCGUUGGUACUACUCACGUAGUAUCGAUAACUGCGGGUCCGCCCACUUUUGCUCAUCAUGGACCGUCUCCGCACUUGGCGCUCCUGAAGGAAAUCGUGCUGAAGUACAUCAACAAGUUGUACAGGACAACGAACCUGCAACUUGGGUGGCACGCAGCUCUUAUGCUCUUGCCACUUCAACCGGGACCGCUCCCGCACUUGUCCGAAUUACGGAUCGGCGCUUCUGAACUCGAGAGCACUGCCUAUCAGCUGCACGAGGAUCAACUCGCCUCCUUACGCUCCUUGGUGCGCGGUGAAGCCGACUCACGAGGAGUACGGUGUCGAGUCGAAUUGGACGGUGUCGACCUCCCGGUGCACACCUCAGUUCCUGAACCUGCCAGUGCAGCCAGGGAUUUGAGCGUUGACGCCAAUCUCAUGGAACGAGAGGCAUCAGUUCUUCUGUAA